GCAAAAAGCAGCUGAAGUGCCACUUACGCUGCCGUAGAGAUCAAAAUCCGGACUCGUCAGUUUUCCUCUGUGAAGCCAACAUACGUGCGCGACGCUGCAUACGGCAAUCAGCUGCCUACACUGGGCAGCAGCCACUCAGCACCACUCAGCAUCAGCACUCAGCAGCGCUCAAGCAGCAGUCGGUCAAAGCAAAAUGUAUGCCACCCUCAAGCAGUUCGGCCUCCCAGCCGUCGCCGGCUCGACGGCGGUAUUGGCGAGCCACCCGCUGGAGCUCGUGAAGAGCCGCCUGCAGCUCGACAACGAGUUACGGGCGCGAGGCGCGAAGUCACAAUAUAACGGCUGGCUCGACUGCGUCAAGACGUCGUGGGCGCGGGGCGGCGCGCGGGACCUGUGGCGCGGCGUCCAGUUCGGCGUGGCGCGGGAAUUCGUCUUCAACGCCGCGCGCAUCGGGAGCUUUGAUUUCUUUAAAGUCCUCCUCGCGGAUUUCCCGCCGAUCUUCGCGGGCUUCUGCAGCGGCGCGCUGGGCGGCUGCGUGGCUAAUCCCGUAGAGGUGCUCAAGGUCCGCGCCCAAGCGUUGGGCGGCUUGACGGGCCACCAACAUCACAAGUCGGACGUGGGCCUCGUCUCCACAUUACGGCGCGUCGCGCACGAGGAGGGCGGGCGGACGCUCGCGACGACGGGCCUCGGCACGUCCAUCGUGCGCGGCAUGCUCGGGCCCGGCACGCAGCUGCCCUGCUACUACGAGCUCAAGCGGCGGUGCUCCCUGAUAGGUUUCGAGGGCCCCCUGGCCCACGGCUUCUGCUCCGCGGCGUCCGCAGGGGCGUCCAUCCUCUUCUGCAACCCGGCGGACGUCGUGCGGACGCGAUUAUAUAACCAGCCCCCCGGCAAGGCGAGAUACCGCCACGCCGGCGACGCGGUCGCGAAGAUUCUGGCGACGGAGGGCCCGCUCGGCUUCUACAAGGGCGCGCUCAGCCACUACGCGCGGCUCGGGCCGCAUUUGGUACUGGUGUUCCUCGUGCUGGAGCGGUUGAGGGUUGUCGUCCCGUAA